UGAAAAGACUCCAAAGCGUUGACCGGAUACUUGACUUGUUAUCGGACAGUCCUCGCUAACUUGAUCACCGUGUCCUGCUUCCAUCCAGUGUAAAAACACAGCUUGUGAUCAGGCAUAAUGGAGACAACAGGAGUCUGUGAGAUUGAUGUGGCUGCCAGAAGAAUAGUGGGAGGCAGUGACUCUCCACCCGACCUGGACAGCCCAUGUCAGGAUGAGGUGGCAGAGUUUGGUUUGGGUUUGUGCUGUGCUGAGGAGGAGAGAGGGGAAACUCCCGGCAGAGAGGACAGUCCAAGCGACCUGGGAGAGGCAGAGCUCGACCCUGGUGGAGAUCUCAAGAGUGGAGAGGACAAGGCUUUUGGGAAGGAGGUUGUUCUUUUGAUGCAGGCCCUGAACUCCCUCGCUACUCCUGAAGAGAAACUAGCUGCUUUGUGCAAGAAAUAUGCAGACCUGUUGGAGGAGAGCCGCUGCAUGCAGAAACGGCUGAAAGCCCUGCAGAAGAAACAGUCUCAGAUAGUUAAGGAGAAGAUCCACCUGCAGGGGGAACACAGCAAGGCCAUCCUGGCCCGCAGUAAGCUGGAGAGCCUCUGUAGGGAGCUGCAGAGACACAACAAGACACUGAAGGAGGAAAACGCCCAGCGGUCCAGGGAGUAUGAGGAGCAGCGGAAGGAGGCCAUGCUGCACUUCCAGAUGACCUUGAGCGAUAUUGAGGUGCAGAUGGAACAGCAUAGCUCCCACAACACCAAGCUGAGGCAGGAGAACAUGGAGCUGGCCGAGAAGCUGAAAAAGCUCAUCGAGCAGUAUGAGCUCCGAGAGGAGCACAUAGACAAGGUGUUCAAGCACAAGGAGCUGCAGCAGCAGCUGAUGGACGCCAAGCUGCAGAGAAUCACUGAGAUGAUGAAAGAAGUGGAGGAGAAGCAGCAAAGAGAGAGAGACUUUCUGCUGAAGGACGCUACAGAGUCCAGACGCAAGUGUGAGCUGAUGAAGGAGCAAGAGACACAGCUCAAACAACAGCUCUCCCUGUACAUGGACAAGUUUGAGGAGUUUCAGAGCACUCUGGCUAAAAGCAACGAAGUCUUCACCACUUUCAGACAAGAGAUGGAGAAGAUGACCAAGAAGAUCAAGAAGCUGGAGAAGGAAACAACACAGUGGAGGACCAAAUGGGAGAGUAACAACCAGGCCCUGCUGCAGAUGGCCGAGGAGAAAACUCUGCGUGACGGCCACUUCAAGGCCAUGCAGGGGAAGCUGGAGCUGCUGGAGAGGCUGUGCAGAGCCCUGCAGAAGGAGAGGAACGACCUCAACAACCAGCUGAGCCUCCUCCAGGAGCAGGGAGACAAAGGGAGCACAGCGCCUCCUGAAGCCCAGCCAAGGGAGCCCUCCACUGGGGAGGAAGAUGACGAGGAGGAGGAAGACGAGGAGGGCUUGGCACAGGGUGACGAACUGGAGACAGAGGGCAUCCACCAAGCUCCCAGACCACCUGAACUGGAGCCCACAUCGGCUGCUACUGACAAAACCACUACUACUACGACGACAACCAGCCAGCCUGCAGAAACACCGGGCUCCCAGCAGGACUGAGCGAGCCUACGCGGUGUGCGUCGGGAAGACGGGUGUGACCGGAGGGCUCCACACACCUCCAGCCUAGUUCCAUAACUAGCCAGAAAAACCAUCUUCAAUGGGGAUAGAUUUCUUUUCUUUUUUUUAAUCCUAGACUUGCCUCUCCACGUUUCUACACAGAAACUGUACCCAUUAAGGAGGAAUAAAAUGAUUGUAUCAAGGAUUCUAUACUAAAACUUUGCCCACAUUUGGUUGUAAUAAUUGGCUUUGUGGUGAGCACUUGGUACUCCCUGUUUUCUACCAUAACUGUAUUUUCAUAGGAAAUUUCCACUCAGUCAAAUUGAAGCUGUUCAAAGUCAAAUUGGCCUUUUGGUUCUCUCAUCAUAUGGUCUCUCCCUGUAGUGUCACCUGUCAUUAAAUUCAAAAGUGGGUACAUCACAUGCAUAUUGUCAUAGGUCACUUUUUUUGAAUGUAGCCUUAUUGUCUGCAUGUGAUCCGACAAGCUAGAAGAGGACAUUGGGCCAAGUGUAAAACACGUGCGCAGGACGUUUUUAAUUAAAAUUUCUCGAUCAGAGCAGAUAGUAUUAUAUAAAAUGAAUCCUUGUAAAGUAGGUGAAGCUGGUUUGAGGCUUGGUGACGUUGUAACUACUUGUGGGACAGUUGGUGAGCUGCUUUACCUCAAGAGUUGACAUAUUGCUGAUUUGCUGAUUGCCAGUUAGUAAGCUAGCUGGUAGGGUUGUCACUUUAUCUGAAAAAAAAAAUUAUAUCUUUGGUAAGAAGUUUGAAUUCAAAAUGUUGAAGUGCAUUAGCCCAACAGGCUGUGCUUUUCACAGUAAACUAGUCUUUUCUUUCUUGCAAAAUAGAGAAAUCAGAUCAUCAUGACACCCCUAACCAUUUGGAGAUGGAAAUCUUCUGGAUAAGAGAGGCGGUAACAGAGCUGGGGGCACUGCAAAUGAAAAAUAUCUAUUUAAGGUAAACUUAGCUGAUUUUCAACCUGCUUUGUGUCAUCAGCGAUGACAUUAAGUGGGCUGAAAAUCAACAAACCAUUUCCCUUUACCUUGAACUUGACUUUUUGAAAUAGUGACAGUGCUACUAGCUAGCUUAGUUGCUAAAUGGAUCAAAAAUUAAGGUUACGCUACAAAAGUAUUUAUACCAUCAACUCCUACGAACCAGAUCUUUUCUGUGGCACAUUUUAUUGUGUAGGGUUAUUUAAAAUAAUUUCUUGCAGCACAGCUAAUAUUAUAGCUUCCUUGAUUUUGGACUCAACGCCUUUGUCAUUUGUAUGGCAAAGUUUUGCUUUAACAAACACUUAUCUGACAGGAUCAAAACCAGCUUAAAAACAGCCCCCCUCUUUACAAACGUGUUUGGUUAAAUUGUAGCUCUACUAGUUUGCCACAAGAUGGGGCUUUCUACAUAGCACAUUUAAUAGUUUGUGAUCAAGUCCACCUUUGAAAAAAAAUUGAGAUUGUCCAGGGCUAUUGGCACCACUUUGGUGCUGGUGGUGAGAAAAUUGAAAUAUUUUGAGACAAGUGCAUAAUGUUUUGAGAAUAAAGUCAGAUUUUUACAUUAGAGGACAUGUUCUUGCAUAUUAUGAUUUAACUCUUAAAAUAGUAUCCUUGUGCAUAAGGGGAUUUACAGGAAGAGAUUGAACAUGUUCUGGACACCGUAAAUGCAGAUGAAACCAGUAACCCAUGCGUCAUUUUCAACACAACUCUGGGUUAUGUAGUAUUAAAGCUCACUGCUGUUACCACAAGUGGCACCAAAUCAACCAGGACUGACAUCUUAAAUGCUCUAAUAAUUAUGGAAAUAUGGGCUAACAUGAAAUAGAAACAUAAAAUGAAUGAUAUACGUGGACAGUUAUUUUGUUGCUAGCUUGUCGCCCACUUGAGACACAAAGAUGAUGUAAAGACAUGUAAGCUCAGUGAAUGUCCUUCUGUAAAAUGUUUUUUUUUUCAUCUGCAUCUCAGCAGUUGUUUUUUUUAAAUGAACCGUGUCAUUUGAUUUCUACAUGGCCAGCCAACAGAGUGUACAGAGAAGAGCCAAGUCAGCAGUUCUGAAACACCUUUAUCAAUUUUCUGUAAAUCAUGUUUUUAAAAAAAAACAACCAUCUUAGUACAUCAGAAUAAUGGACCUCAACAUCUUUGACACUUAAUACUGGAAGAAGUUUGAAUGUGAUUUUCUUUUCUAAUGCAUUUGAAUAAAAAGAUAGAUUUCUGUCAGCAAUGCAUAACAAUAGGAGCGAUUUCAGGCGCUGCAGUUAGUAAGUAAAGUCAUCAGUGUAUUAGGCCUGAUGUUGUUAGCCCUUUGAUGCACAACAUAUUGACACCCCUUCUAAUGCACAACAUGGGUCAAAAAUGACCCGCAUUCAUUUCCCAUGUUCUUUAAUGUUUGCUGUGUGUUUCUGUGCUCUAUCUUUUGAUUUCAACUUAUUUUAUGAUUGAAUAUUCAAACUAUUCUUUAAAUAUCUUGUUUUUGAUAACAACAGAUCAUUAUUUCCAUCUUCAUUCUCAUACUUUAUGAAGAAAAAGGUUUUUGUAUGAUUACAUAGCUAACUACUUGGCUAAGUAGCUUGCUUAGCCAAGUAGUUAGCCAAGAAGUUAGCGAAGUAGUUAGCUUAGCAAGCUACUUAGCUAAAUACUUAGCCAAGAACUUAGCUAAGUAUUUAGCUUAGCGAGCUACUUAGCCAAGAACUUAGCUAAGUAUUUAUCUUAGCAAGCUACUUAGCUAAAUACUUAGCCAAGAACUUAGCUAAGUAGUUACUUUAGCGAGCUACUUAGCUAAGUACUUAGCCAAGAAGUUAGCUAAGUAGUUAGCUUAGCAAACUACUUAGCUCAAAAAUGGAUAUGGGUCAUUUUUCCCCCAUGUUGUGCAUUAGAAGAAUAGUGACACAAAAAGGGAUUUUAUUAAAAAAAUUAUAAAGGAAAACAUAAAAAUGUUGAAAUGUUGUGGAAUACUGAAUGAUGAAAUUAAUUUAUUGCACAGAUAUAGAACAAUUCUGUCGGGUCACUUUCGACCCAUGUUGUGCAUCAAAGAGUUAACAUAAGACAUCUUUUGCCAGUAAGAUCAAAUCAAGUUGUGGAUCUGGUUUCUAAUGUGGGAUUAUUCUACUAGUGAAACUUGUGGUGUUACGAGUAGAAUCCCCUCAAAUCAAAGUUAACUCACUCUGUCUCACUCAAUCUUAUUCUGAGUCACUAUCUGUUGGGGCACCUUUGUCAAAUCUUUAACCACGCUCACUCUACCACGAGGCAAUACCUCAUAAUGCAGCUACAGUUCAGCAGCAGCUCCAAAGUCUUGAAUAUAGUACUUCAUUUUUUAUACACAGUGAUCUGCGAAUCCCCUUUAAUGCUUCAUCUGCAUCCUUAUUUAAGAUCAGUCUUAGUGGUCAGUCAUCAGUUCUUUAACUGGCUGUCCUUUUAGGACUCCGUGAGAAUCACAGGGUUGGUGUUAACAAAUAUUCUUCCUGUAUAAGUCUGUACACAAAGCAACAGUUGGACAACCCAUGUCAGCUGGCCUUUCUAUGUCUCUCCUCAUGCAUUUAUCUUCGCAUUGUGUGUAUUGGAAAACAAAUUUAUGUGAACACGUACAGGGUCAGGUGGUGUGUGCGUUAUUAUCUUUUGGGUAGAGGACAGGUCUAGUCCGGGGGAGCCGAAAGACUUAUUCCGGCAUCCAUUUCCUCUUUGUUUGGCGUUGCCCCAGAUUGACUCUCAGGUAAUGUCAGAAUCUACCUCUGCAGGUGAGACUAACUGUGAAAGAAGAGGCAUGAGUCAACAUAGCUAUGGAGAGCUCUAUUUUUACUAUAAAGAAAAAAUGAGCCCACACCCCCCUCUUUGAUUGUACAAUGUUCUUCUAGUCCUGUCUUGCUUUUCAAUAAACAUUUUGUAGAA